AUGGACGCUCCGCAGCGCCCGCCGCGCCCCGCGCCGCCACCGCCUGCCCCGCGCCGCUCGCCGCCCGGGCCCCCACCGGGCUCCAACACAGGAGACGUCCUGCAGCAGAUCAUGGCCAUUACCGACCAGAGCCUGGACGAGGCGCAGGCCAGAAAGCAUGCUCUGAAUUGCCAUCGGAUGAAGCCUGCGCUCUACAGUGUGCUCUGCGAGAUCAAGGAAAAGACAGUGUCGAGCAUCCACGGCAUUCAGGAAGUGGGCCCCCCUGAUGCUCAGCUCCUGAGGCUGGAUAACAUGCUGCUGGCCGAGGGCAUGUCCAGGCCUGACAAGCAAGGGAGGGGAGCAUCGGCAGCGGCCAACGCAGCAACACCAGGAGGCCGUCCAAACGAGGGUGGCCUUGAGCACUCUGACUACAGGGCCAAGCUGUCCCAGAUCCGACAGCUGUACCACUCCGAGCUAGAGAAAUAUGAACAGGCCUGCCGUGAGUUCACCAUGCACGUCACCAACCUCCUCCAGGAGCAGAGCAGGAUCAGGCCCGUCUCGCCCGCGGAGAUGGAGCACAUGGUGGGCAUCAUCCACGGCAAGUUCCACAGCAUCCAGAUGCAGCUGAAGCAGAGCACCUGUGAGGCUGUGCUGGCCCUGCGCGCGAGGUUCCUCGACGCCAGGCGUAAGCGGCAGAAUUUCAGCAAGCAAGCCACAGAGGUGCUGAAUGAAUACUUUUAUUCCCAUCUGAGCAACCCAUACCCCAGCGAAGAAACCAAAGAGGAGCUGGCCAGGAGGGGUGGCAUCACGGUCUCCCAGGUCUCCAACUGGUUCGGCAACAAAAGAAUUCGGUAUAAAAAGAACAUGAGGAAGUUUCAAGAAGAGGCUACCAUCUACACAGCCAAGACAGCAGUGGACGCCACAGAAGUCAGGGGCCCAGGGCGCCAGGCCAGCCCCCCAUCGAUGUCCCACUCCAGCUCCUCUGGCCCGUUUCCGCUGACCGGCCCCGGGGACACACUUAUCCACCUGCAGACGCUGGCCUGCCUCCAGCCCAGCUCCCAGGAAGGCGGCCUUCUGGCCCAGCCCAGGAGCGGCUGGCAGGUGAAGCGAAUGCCAACCGCUUCACCCGCUGGCAACCCCGGCAGUGUCCCCUCAGACGCAUCUAAUCAAGUGUUGGGGCGAGCAGAAAAGAGGACGGUGUGA